AUGGUAUUAAGUGCUGCUUUAGAUAGCGGUUAUGUUUUUAUGGCUUUAGUGGCCAUAUUAACGAGUGUGAUUAGUGCAGUUUAUUAUUUAAAUAUAAUCAAACAAGUUUUCUUUGAUCAACCAGAUUAUCAAAUCAACGAUGAGAUAAGAAAUCUUAAAUUAGAAGGUAAUAUCUCUCUUGCUGCUGCAGAUGGAGUUGUGAGGCAUGACUUCCUUGCAGCAGGAGGAGAUGAAAACCCGGAUAUAAGCUCCGCGGUAAAAAAAUUCACCUUUAAAGUAGAUAGUAUUAUAUUAUCUAGUUCCUUAACUAUUACAAUAUCUACAUUAUCUAUGAUAAUUCUUUUAUUUAUGUUUAUGCCGGAAGAAUGAUUAAGUAUGGCUAA